AUGUCGAAGCAACAACAACAACGCCAAUACAACGACGCUAACUUUGUUGUUGAGGAUAAGAAUGAUCCUCAUCGUGUCUUUGGAUACCGCGAGGGCGAGACCCAAAAUGCCAAUUACAAUGAAGCAGAUAAUGCCUAUGUCCCUGCUGACCAACGACAGGAUAACAUUCAUUCGGAUUUCUGGAGUGCCGACAAUCAAGAUGAAGAACGCAAUGAUCCAGCAGUAUUUAGCCAAAACCAAAGUGACCCUGAUCGACAUGUUGCUGCCGAAGUUGCUCAAAGCCAUAACAUGGGUCGGUCCAAGGAAUCACGUAUGAAGAGCGCUCAACGUGCCAGUGACACUUACCAGGAAGCUACAGGCAAUCCACUCGAGAUUGAUAAGCAGGGACGUGUUGUCGAAGAGUAA